CUCUCACUUCGCUUCUCCUCUCGCACAGGCGGCAGAGGCUGGUGGCUCUCGCAUCUGGCUCCGCGGGCAGCAGUCGGCAGGCGCAGGCGGCCGCGGCGCUCUGGACGGCUCGGGGGUCUGGGCACCGCCAUGGAACCGGAAUAGGAAGGGAGCGAGCCCACCGGUCUUCGGCCUCUACCGAGGCCCGGAAGGAAUCAGGGCUGCCUCCACGGAGCCGCUAUUCUCGGACCCCGAGAUCUGAUGUCUUUGACGCGGCUUAUGUGGGCCGUGGGCCGUGGGCCGUCACCGCUCCUGGGCUCCGGAGUAUCUUAGGAGGUCGUGCAGGAUUUAAUGUUUGCCAGGACUAAUAUAGCUGAUGAAGUACCUGCCCUUUUCUGCUAAGAGGCUGGUUUUAGUUGAUUCAUUUUCUUCCUAAGUGUGGGAAGUCAAAGAGUCAAAGUUUUUCAUAAUAAAAAGUAAUAGUUUGAGUAUUCAACGACAGUACCUUUUGACUUUGGUUAUUCAACAUGCAGAACAGACAAGGAUACUGCAGCUAUUGCUGUGUGCGGUACAAUAAUCUGGAGCAGCAUAUGGCUAGUCCUCAGCACAGAUACUUGACCGCACAGAACAGACAACGGAUGGGCUCCAGUAGUUUGAUGGAACGUUUCUUGCAGGAUGUACUGCGGCACCACCCGUAUCAUUAUCAAGAAAGCAGAUCAAGACAAAAUGAGAGACUUCUUAGGAAUAAUGCAUCAUCUUCUGAAGCGGCUCCUGUAGAUGAUUCUGUUUCUGAAGAAAUGGCUGAUGAUGCUACUGGAGCCAGAGGAGAGAUAGCUACCAAAAGUGUCGAACCUAUUGGAGAGUUGUAUUCUAGACCUAGUAAAUCUCAGGAAUGUACACAGGGUGUUUCAACUCGACCAUCAGUUAUUCAAAAAUUGGAGAAGGGGCAGCAGCAGCCCUUGGAGUUUGUUUAUAAAAUUGGGAGUGGCCUGAAAGAAUUAAGUCCAGUAGGUGUUGGUCAAGCUACAAAUAAUGGACAAAACUUAAUACAUCCCUCAGUGAUUUCUACUGCUCCUGCUAGUCGUUUACCUGAAAGUUCUUAUGAUCGACCACGUACAACUAAUACUACUAGGUUACCACUAGCAGCCCACUUGGAUUCAGUUAGCAGAUGUGACCCAAACAAAGUUGACAGGUCCAUUGACCAGCAAGACAGGGGCUCUAGAAAUCCCGUGCUCUCAUCCCGUCUAGAAACUUCUUCAGUUUUGUAUCAGAAACCUAAAGAAUCAAAUAGGAAAUCUGUAUGUAUAAAUUCAGAUAAAUUGAUUUUGCAGGGAGAUGUAAAAUCUCGGGGUAAAACUUUGUCAACUGGCUUUAAAUCUCAUGCUUUUAUGGGUACUGAGGGCUCCUUAAAAUGUGAAUCUCUUUCCAAAUUAACAGCAAAGCCAGCAAUCAACCCAAAUAAAACUGAUAGGCCUCCUAAUAAAAGAAUCUUUGAAUAUGCCAUUCCAAAGCACCAUGAGAAAUUGUUUUCUAAUAUGAAUCGUACCCAAGAAGAAAAGCAUGUAGUUUUAAAUAAGUCAGUCUUUUUGAGACAGAGGAGCUCAGGGAGCUCCAAAAUGGAAUAUGCUUGUGGCUCUCCUCAGUCAGCGCCUGAUCACCCUGAAGAGGCUGCACAAGACCUUUGGAGCGCGGAGAGAGUUGACCAAGAAGAUAAGGCUUAUGAAUCAAGAGGUUCUGAAAUGAGUUUUGAUUGCAGUUCCUCUUUUAAUUUACUUACUGACCAAUCUAAAGUGACUGCUAAAGACAUAAACCCUUCAAAGGAAGCACAUGCUGGUUUGCAGCAUAAGAGUAACACAUCUUGUGUUUCUGAAAUAAGUUCUGAUCAUGAUGGCCCUCUUCAGUUGGCCACCAACCGAACUCAUGUAAUUGUUAAAGGUAGUAGUGUUCAGAAGGCAGUGCCUAUUCGCCUGGUUGAUGAAAGCUAUGAUUCUAGUGAUUCUGAGAUGAAUUUUGAUUGUGAUACCUCACCUCAGUCAACUGAUGACUACCGACAACAGCCUGCAAAAGUAGACCUUCCUAAGGAGGCACAUGUUGACUUGGUGGAUAAGAACUAUGGUUCUAGUAGCUCUGAAUCAGCUAAUGAACAACCUCAUGGAGCUCUGGGUGAAAUAAAUCCAAAAGAGUUAAAUGUCGACAUGGAAGUUAAGAGCUAUGGGUGCUCCAGUUCUGAACUGACUUUUGAGUCUGACCCCCCUCCUCUGUCAGUUACCGAGCAAUCUGAGCUGGAUGUUGAAGAAAUAAGAAAAAGGCACAUUAACUUGGAAGGGACUGAUCAACCUGAAGUAGCUGUUAAAGAAAUGAUCAUUCAGAAAGAAGACUGUGAACACUUAGGAAGGAAGAAUGAUGAAACCAAUGGUUCUGAAAUAAGUUUGGAUUCUUAUGUGGCUCCUCUUUCAGUGACAAAUUCUCCUGGAGUACUUGUUAAAAGGCUUAAUCUUCAAAAAGAAGAAAAGGAACACUUUGAAAGUAAGGAAAAUGAACCUAGUGGUUCUGAAUUAAGUCUGAAUUAUGAUAGUUUUCAUUCAAUAAUUGGACAUUCUGAAGAUCCCAUUAGAGAAGUAAGCCUUCAGAAAGAAGAGCAUGCACAGUUAGAAAACAAGAAUAAUGGACCUGAUGUUCCUGAAAUCAUUUUGAAAUCUUAUAUUUCUCAUUUAGUGACUGAUCAUCCUGACAGAGCUGUGAAAGAAGUAAACCAUCAGAAAGAAGAACAUGUAAACUUACAAGAUAAAGGCAAUGAAUUAAGUGUUUCUGAAACAAGUUUGGAUUUCGGUAUCCCUCUUCAGUCAGUGAUUCAAAGAACUGAUGUAGUUCUUAAAGAAAUAUGGCUUCAGAAAGAAAAGCAUGCUCAAUUCGAAGGUAAAAGCACUGAAUUUAGUGGUUCUGAAAUAAAUUUAGAUUGUGAUGUUUCUCGUUAUUCAGUGACUGAACCUCAAAUAGUUGUUAAAGAAGUAAAUGUUCAGAAUGAAGAAUAUGUUUUAGAAAACAAGAGUGAUAAAUAUAGUGGUUCUGAAGUAAUUUUGGGUUCUGAUAUCCUUCCUCAGUCGAUGUCUGAAAAACCUCAAAUAGCUGUUUUGAAGGAGGACCAUGUUGACCCAGAAGAAGAAAGUACUGAAUCUAGAGGUUUUGAAAUAAAUUUGGAUAUUGGUCCCCCUCGUCAUUCAGUCAUUGAGCAAUCUCAGCUAGUCCCAUUGAAGGAAAAACAUGUUGAUCUGGAAGACACAAGCAGUGAAUCUAGUAAUUGUAAAGUAAAUUUUGAUUCUGACAAUCCUCUUCAGCCAUUGACUGAACAGUUUCAGGAAGUGAUUAAAAAAACAAACCUGUGGAAGGUAGAGGAUAUUGGCCUAGAAAAUAAAGUUGAUAAACCUAGUGGUUCUAAAUUAAUACAGGAUUCUGAUGUUUCUCCUCAAUCUGUGCCUGAUCAACCUGAAGCAUCUGUUAAACAAACAAACCUUGAGAAUGAAAGUCAUGUGUACAUGGAAGACAAUAACAGCCAAUAUAGCAGUUCUGAAAUGAGUUUGGAUUCUGAUUUCUUGGCUCAGUCAACAGUUGAUCAACCUCAAAUAACUAUUAUGGAGAAGGAGCAUAUUGAGCUAGAAGAUAAGCACAAUAAAUCUUGUGGUUCUGAAAUCAGUUUUGACUCUGAUGACCCUCUUCAGUCAGUGGCUGACCAACUUAGAGAAACUGUUAAAAAAAUAAGCCUUUGGAAGGAUGAAGUUGACGUGGAAGAGAAGAGGGAUAAAUCUAAGAGUUAUGAAGUUAUGUAUGAUUCUAAUGUCCUUUUUCAGUCAGUGGCCGGCCAAAAUGAGGAAAUUGUUAAGGAGAUCAACCUUUGGAAGAAACCUGUGGACUUGGAAGGUAAGAUUGUUGAACCUAGUGCUCCUAAAAUAAGUUUUGACUCUGAUGAACCUUUUCAUUCCGUGGCUAAUGAAAUUCAAGAAGCAACCACAGAAAUAAACCUUCUGAGGGAGGGACAUGUUUGUCUGCAUGAUAAGGUCUAUGAACCCAAUGAUUCUGAAGUAAUUUAUGUUACAAAUGUCCCUCUUCAGUCAGCAAUUGAAGAACCACACAUUUUGCAAGAGGAACAUGCCGAUUUGGAAGAUAAGAGCAAUGAUCUUUGUGGUCCUGAAAUAAGUUUUGCCUCUGAUGAUCCCCGUCAGUCUGUGACUGACCACCUGGAAAAAGCUGUUAAAGUGAGUCUUUGGAAGGAAGACUGUAUAUACCUAGGAGACAAGAGCUAUAAACUAGGUGAUUUUGAAGUACGUUGUGAUUCUGAUGCUCCUGUUCAGUUAGUGGUUGAUCAAUCUCCUGUGGCUGUUAAACAAAUAAACUUGCAAAAGAAGGAUCAUGAUGACCUAGAAAAUAAAAACUGUGAACCCAGUGUUUCUGAAAUAAAAUGUGAUUCUGGUAUUCAUUUUCAGUUGGAUGUUGACCAACCUCAAGUGGUUUGCAAAGAAAUGAACCUUCAGGGGGUAGCACAUCUUGGCAUGGAAGAAAAGACUAGUGAUUCUGAAGUAAUGUCUGAUUCUGAUGUCCCUCUUCAAAUAGUAGUAAAUGAAUUUCAAGUGUCAGUCAAAGAAGCAAAUCUGCAAAAGAUGCUGCUUGUGGACCUGGUGACUGGUGAUAGUGAUUGUGAAAUGGUUUCUGAUUCUGAUAUUCCGUGUCAGCCAGUGAUUGACUCACCCCAAGUGACUGUUGAAGGAAUUGACUGUAUAAAUGCAAAAAGUUUUGAGUUAGAGGGUGAGUGCUGUGACUGUUGUGAUACUGAACUAGGAUAUGUUUGUGAAGGCUCUCCUCAGUCAGUGUCAGAUCAAUCCAGAAAGACUUUCAAAGUAGUAAACCAGAAAAAAGACUAUAUUAUUCUGGAAGAGUCAGGCUGUGAGUCUUAUGGUGCUGACAUAAAUUUUCAAAUCGAUCCCUCUCAUCAGUCCAUGACUUACCAGUCACCAGGGUCUGAUAAAAAAAUGGCAAAAUAUAUUGAGCCAGAAGAGAAGAGCUGUAAAUCUAAGAGUCCUAAAAGAAAUAAAUGGGAAGGAAGUUCUCAGCCAGUGACUCAUCAACUGCAGAAAGCUGACGGUGAAGACAACUUUUGGAAAGAUCCAGAAAGUACUAGCCUAAAAGAAAAGAGCCAUGAAUGUAGUGUUUCUGGCAUAGAAUGUAAUGCUUCUGAGUCAGAGAUCCUUCAAAUGGCUGAAGAAGAUAACCUUUUGAAGUUAAAACCUAGAGAUCUAGGAAAUGUAAACCCUGAACCUUGUGGUUCUGGAGUGAAUUUUCAACGAGAUCCCUCUCUUCAGUCUGGUACUGACCAUCCUCAAGAAGCUGUUAAUAAACCAGACCUGUUUAAGAAGACAUCUUUUGACAAGAAAGAAAUGAAACGUGAUUCCCAUUCAAGCUCUGCUCCAAAGGUUGAGUCUGUAAGGAAGCAGAAAAAAGCAAAGGGGGUUGUAGAGGAGAACACUGAUGAACCAGUUCUUGAAGCCUUGCCUCAUGUCCCUCCUUCAUUUGUGGGGAAAACGUGGUCUCAAAUAAUGAGAGAAGAUGACAUGAAAAUUAAUGCUCUCGUGAAGGAAUUUAAGGAAGGUCGUUUCCACUGUUACUUUGAUGAUGACUCUGAGACCAGGAAAGUAAAAAAAAAAAAUUUGAAUGAAGAAAAAAUGAUUACCUCGGCUGACCUUAAUGACACUGCAUUUAUUCAAGUUCUAUUAGACUGUGAUUACAAUAUUGAUGACUUUUCAGUAGCCUUAGAUAAACCUAGCCAUCAUCCUACAGAAAAGAGGCCUUAUGAACAAACAUGGCGAGUGGCUUCUAGAUGCCAGGCUGUAAAAGUCAGCCAUGGAACUCAAACCAAUCUCAUGAGUUACCUAGUAACAAAAGGAAUAAGUGGACAAGAAGAAGACUCGCCAACACUGAAGCGUUUACUUUUACACAAUGACAAAAAACCAAAAAAGAAAAUCGAAAUCGGAACAGUUGAGUUUCUUGAAUCAUACACUAACAUUUUGAAGCCUUUGCACCCCAAUGCCUUAGUCUAUGUUCUUUCUUCAAAUAUUAAGCUGAAGGAGGGUGAAUCCUUCAACUUCUCUAAAAUAAGGCGCCGUAGUGACAAAAACAAUCAGGACAUUAGCAUACAGUAUAAGUAUAAACCCAGUUCCUUUAAUUAUUAUGACCCAUUGAAUAAACAAAUUGUAAUUAAUCCUCCUCUGAACAUAGAAGUACCAGAGUCAGACAGGAAUAACUGGGUUCAAAUUCAUUUUAGUGACCUGAACCCCAGUGUAGGAGAUGACGAUGCUCAUGUACAAAGCUCUACUUUAGCACCUUUUAUGACAUUGUCAGUAAGACAUGAAUUAAUGUCACACCAGGGGGCCAGUGGGUCUUCUGUAUUUCUGGCAAAAUCAGAUAUCUUGAAUUCUAGUGAAGUUCCGAAGAAAAGUAAUUUCCAGUUAACUCUCUUAAAUGGUGAUGCUGCCAAAGCCUCGCCAAAAUCAGUGAGAAAUGAGUCUUUAGAAGGUAAAAAGAAAGGUCAGAGAAGGAAGGUGACAAGUAGUAAGACAGGUUUACUCAAAAAAAUUUACAGACCAGUACUUCUCCAGCAAAAAAACAGAGUCACAUCAGAGAAACAGUCAAUUUGGAUUCAGACCAAACUAAGUGAUAUAAUUAGAAAGUAUAUUUCAAAAUACUCUGUUUUUUUGCGUCGCAAAUAUCAGUCUAGGAGGGCUUUUAUUAGAAUGCAUCUUAAGAAGAAAAAACCUGUUGUUAGUAGGUUAAAGAAGGCAAAGAGACCAGCCAAACUGCUUUCAAACUCAGCACCAUCAGCUGGUGCUGAAGAGCAGUUCAGAGCUAUAAAGAGCCCUUCCCCCAAGCAACCUGUGCGGGGUUAUUCCCGCACUGCAGGCACUAAGAGGAGGGGCCAUAAAAAACGCCCCAGAAAAAAACAAAGAAAGCGUCCUAAACCUGUUAAAAUAUAUGAUUUGAGAAGUUUAUAUUCUCAGGUACCAUAUUCUGAUAGAAUGAUGACCCGACUAUUACACAAAUUGUUGCUCAGUAAAGCAAAGCAGAAGUAUUUGUAUUAAAGCUAGUUGAGGAUUCAGAACUUCGUUUGAAAUAUAUUUGGUACUUAGUACACAUAGCUCUCCCAACUUUGAAAAAAAAUCAAUCUUCAACUAUUUUGCUACAGACAUCAUUUUUCAUUAUACUAUAAUGAAAACUUUUUUAUUAUUUUAAGAUUAGUGUUUAAGGUCUUUUUAAAAAAAUUCUAAAGACCCUUUGUUUGCUAUAGAAGAGCUUCAUCUUAAUUUGUCACAUGAUUUAGCACAGUAUAAUUUUCUUGCCCCAAAUCAAGUCCCUCUUACUUAUCUUUUAUGAUUGUACCUCAUGUCAGUAGGUUAUAAUAUUGCAAGAAUUAAAAUGGCAAACACUUAGUGCUAUCUUAUUUUUACUUUUUAAAAAUUGUAACAAUGACUAUAUACUUACAUUCAGUGUGUUUCAGGGUGGCAUUGUCAAUACCACGGCCUGACUGGAUAAUUAAAAAGAAGAAAUUAUAACAAAUUGUCUCAGCUUUUCGGUGGAGUUGACAAAUGAGAUAGAAUUUCUUUUAAAAGCAUUCCAGAGAAUGAGAUUCCAUAAUCUUUAAUCCAGAUUUUAAAAACUGCCUGGUAAUUUUAUAUACAUAGCACAAACUCCUCCUGCUUUAUUUAAAAUGGAUCUGCAAGUCUCUAACUUUCCACAUUUGGAUACAUGCACAUAUAUGAUCUCUGUAAUAUACAACCUCUGCUUUCCUUUAGCAUUACUGUAUGGGGAAAAUGGUCUUGCCAGUGUCAGUAUGCUUUCCCACCACCUGUACCUGAAGGGUUUGGUGGUUUCAUAUGAAAGUCCAGAUGAUUUUAUGGCCUUACCUUUUAAAAUAUUUUAGACAUUGCCAUGUUAUUUUAUAGUAGCUCAAACUAAAAUUAUUGGUUUGGCAAUUUGGGAAGACCAUUAAUUGUUAUUAAAAAUUACUUAUAAUCUUGAUAUCCAAAAAAAUCUAAUAAAAUUGACAACCCAAGUGGAGGCCCAUUUGGCAAGUGAGAAACUCUAUUUGUACAUUAGUUUGGCUUUCCUUAAAGUUGCUAGCUAUUUUAAUAAUUCAAAUAAAAGAUGUUAAGAUACGCAGUUUAGGUCUAAGAUCCUCAGAGUAUAUUUAGAUUCUUUAUUCAGGGACACUGGUUGGGCUAGUACAGAUGUGUCCAAUUAUCCUUCAAGGAUUCUGGAUCCUUUUCUAUCAUUAAUGUUAAAGGAAAACAAUUUCAUCUAUAUUGUAUAAACCAUAUUUGAUUGAAGCUAUAUCAGUGUACCAUGAUUUCAGAGAUAUAAAUGUGUUAUCUUAGAAUUAAAUAUAGUGUUGUAACAGUUGAUUUCUAAAUGUAGUUUUAUUUCAGGGGCCAUUACUUAACCUGCGAGUGUGAUAUGAUGAUAUGUUUUAAUUUCUAAAUUUAAAACAGUAGUUAUAUUGUAAAAUGGACAAAUGUUUAUAUUUCUAGUUAUAAAGCAACUUUAACCUUGCCUCAUAUACAAAUAUUAUUUUAAUUUCCAUUUUUAAAAUAUCACUGUGUGUCACUAGUUUAAAAUAAUUCUCCAAUUUUAAUUUAAAAAGGAUACUGUCUUACUGAUUAGGAAGUAAAUGAAGAGCUAACAUACAAAAAUAUUGUACUUGUGGGUAUUGGUGUCUUUUUUCCUAUGCAGUAGAUAUAUAAUUACAGCAAGUAUGAUUAACAGUCAUUCUGCACACUUCCAGUGUAAGUUUUAGAGCGAGACAUCACAUGGAAGUGGUGUACUGUGCAGUUAUGGUGUGUCGUAUCUAUUGUGAUGACACCAUGCAAAGAGGACAGUUCUUACAAUUCAAAUGAUCAAACACCUAAGAAAAUUUACUAGCUUCUUCACAUUGGAAACUCUUCUAAGUUCCAUUUCUUUAGAGGAGAAGGUUUAUAUUAAAAAAUUUAUAUUACUAAAAUAUUAAAGUAUACGGUCCUAAUGCUUUAAAAAAACAUUUUGGAAAUGUUUACCUAAGUUCCUGUAAUCAUUAUUAUUUUAGAAAAGCUUGAAAACAUGAGUUUGUAAGAAUUAUAAAUUUGGUUAAAUUGUAAAUGAAUUACUUUCAGAAUUUGGUAGGUUACAUGAUGCGCCCCUUUAUCAAAUUACUCUUUGGCUUAAUUUGCAGAUUAGAUAAAACAGUUGGAUGUUUUUUGUGUGUGUGCGUAUUCAAGAGUGCAUUAAGUUCUUUUAAUAGUGAAAAUUGAAUUACAGCCACAAUGAAUAUUUUAUUAAUCUUGUACUUGUUCAGUAUCUUGCAUAGAUUUUUAUUAUAAGUGUUCCAAGUUAAACAGUGUGUGUGUGGACAAUAUUGUGUAAAGUGUGUUUGCGUUAGUGCAUCUAAAUUAUUUGUGUAAGUAGGGCUUUGAGUGACACUUUUUGGUAAAGAGAAACUAUAUUUAAAUAUUCAAACAAUUAUAUAUUUCCAUGUAAAAUUAAUGUGAAGACUAAUGUAUUUUUUAUAAUACAAUUUAAAGAGUAAAUUUGUUUUCGAAGUUAUCAAGAUGAAAUUUAUCAAAUAUUGAAAUUUGUCUCUACUUUCUCAUGUUAGGACUUUUUCUGGGACUUCUUAAGGAAUUAGGGAAUGAUCAAAACAGAAGUUCAUUUUGUAAAUGGUCUUAGAGGUAAUAGAGACUGUAAACGUUGAUGCUGGUGAGACAAUACUGUUUAACCAAAGAUAUACAGGUCAUGUUCAAUGGAGUAGUUGUUUCAAAAGAUUAAAAUUCAGCAAGUAUUUUAUUAGUCUGGUGGAGUGAUGGGUCAGCAACUCUUCACUUUGUGUACCUGCAUUUAAAGAGUCGGUGAACAGGACUGAGUUCAGGAGGCAGUAUCUCUAUCGUUAUGUGACACCUGCGGGGAAGAGAACUUCCAUUCCUCCGACACCAGAGCGUACGUCGUCAAGGGCAAGAAAACACCGAAGACUAUAUGUGUGUCAGUGAGGUAGGUGCCUUUGGCCUCUGUGUAGUGACUUCUGGGGUUUUUUGGUCCAGGAUUAUAUUAAGAUGAACAACAGCCUACUCUAUAAUAAAAAAUUAAUAGAAUAAAAGGAUAACAUGGAAGUCCAUUCUCCAUAAAGGACUUUUAUACAUAGAAAAAAAUAGGGAAAAUACUGAAAAAAUCAUGUAAUUAAGGAAUUACACAUCAAAAUGUCAACUUUUGGAGAUGAGAGGCUGAGGAAGAAUCUCAACAUUUCCUUAUACUUAGGCCCUAAAUAUUAGGGAAAUAAUACAUCUAGUAUAUGUAUUAUUUGUUUUUAUCAUUUAUGAGUAUAUUUUAAAAGUCCUCCCAGUGUAUUUUGAGCUAUUUACCUUGAUUAAGGGAUAGGUCUAGGUUGAACUGUAGUUUGUUGCUGAAUCUUUAUAGAUUUACUUUUUGCUUAUGUUUAUAAUUUAUUACAUGUGUGUUGCAUUUUUACAUGCAUUUUAUUUUCUACAUUUUUAAGAUGGGCAUGUGUGUGUACUUCUUAAGCACUACUUGCCAGGCAUUGUUUUAAGCUUUUAACCUGAAUUACAAUAUUUCCUUUGAUCUUCAGAAAGCCUUUAUGAGUUAGGUACUGUACUUAUCACUAAAUAGCAAAUAAGACAGUCGAGGCAUGGAGCCUCAAAUUUGAGAUUACAAAUGAGUUGUUGUGUGCUGUAAUCAAAUUGGGGUCACAGUGAAUCCUCAUUCCCAAUCACAUCUGCAGUUGCGCCCACCAGUUACUUUCUGUCUGUCUUCACAGUUUGGCUUUUUCUGGACACUUCAUGUAAAUGGCACCAUGCAAUAUGUGGUGUUCUGUGUCUGGCAUCUUUCACUUGCCACAGUGUUUUCGAGGGUCUUUCGUGUUGUAGCAUGCGUCAGAAUUUUUUCUUAUUUGUUGAAUAGUAUUUAUAAUUACUAAUAAAGCUGGUGACAGAAUGUGGUUUUUAUGAUAACAGAUAAUGAUAGAAGCUAAUGAUAGGCUUGAGGCUGUUUGUUUAUACCUCUCAUACCUGUUUUCCUUGAUUAUUACCCCAAUUCCAAGACCAACCGCUCUUUGCCUUUUGAGUGCUUUAAUACUUGAACGCUUUACGCUUUCUUCCUUUGACCCUUUUCCCCUUUACUGCUCAUCUUGAUGUUUUUUCACCGUGCUUUGUGAAUUCUCAUAUUCAGUAUCAGCACAUUACUGUGUGUUCUUAAGUCCUUCACAGCGGAUUGCUUGCAGGUGACCAAACGGAGAGUCAUGUCCAAGUUGCCCGUUAUCCUAUGUGUGGUCUAUGUGUGCUAUAGAGCCAGGAAGUAUUGAUGGUAGUUGUCAUGGUGGACAUGUUUUCUUCAAAUUACUCUCCUGCAUUACCACCAUCACAUCAGAGUCAUCGAUAUGAUAUAAUUAAUGUUGAUGUGAUAUAACUCUCUAUUCCAUAUACCGUGCUCAGAUUUUGUAGGUUAUCCCACCAUGUCCUCUCUAGGCCCAGGAUUUGGUCCAGUUGCACACACUGUUACGACUUUAGUAUCUUUCAGUGUGGAGCAGUUCCUCAGCCUUUCUUUGUAUUUAAUACCUUGACAAUUUGAAGUGUACAAACCAGUUUCUUUGUGAAAUGUUCCUCAAUAUGAGUUUGUCUGAUGUUUCUUUAUAAUCAAUGCUUUUUGUGGGGGGGGGCAGUAAUUUUGUGAACUUCUCAGUGUAUCAUAACAGCAGCCAUGUGAUGUCUGUUUGAAUAAA